AUGGUGGUAAUGAGUAGCCUGAGGGUCAUUCUUCAGGCCUCUCUAUGCAAAUUUCUGUGGAGAAGAUGCCAAAUUCUGAGAUCCACACCAGUGAGGCCCUGCAGCCUCUACACCUGCACUUACAAAACCCGGAACCGAGCCUUACACCCUCUCUGGGAAAGAAUGGACCUGGCCCCGGGGGGCGAGCGCCAGUCGCCCAUCAACAUCCGGUGGAGGGAUAGUGUCUACGAUCCUGACUUAAAACCACUCACCAUCUCUUAUGACCCGACCACCUGCCUACACCUCUGGAAUAACGGAUACUCUUUCCUUGUGGAAUUUGAAGAUUCUACAGAUAAAUCAGUGAUCAAGGGGGGACCCCUGGAAGACAACUAUCGACUGAAGCAGUUCCAUUUUCACUGGGGGGCCAUCGAUGCCUGGGGCUCUGAGCAUACCGUGGACAGCAAAUGUUACCCAGCAGAGCUGCACCUGGUGCACUGGAAUUCAGUCAAAUUUGAAAACUUUGAGGAUGCAGUACUGGAAGAAAAUGGUUUGGCUGUGAUAGGAGUAUUUUUAAAGCUAGGGAGAAAUCAUAAAGAGCUACAAAAAUUGGUGGAUACGUUACCAUCAAUUAAGCAUAAGGAUACCAUAGUGGAAUUUGGGUCGUUCGACCCUGCCUGCCUGAUGCCCCCCUGCCCGGACUACUGGACCUACUCAGGAUCCCUGACUACCCCACCGCUCUCCGAGUCUGUCACCUGGAUCAUUAAGAAGCAGCCUGUAGAGGUUGAUCAUGAUCAGCUUGAGCAAUUUCGGACCCUGCUUUUCACUUCCGAGGGGGAGAAAGAGAAAAGAAUGGUGGACAACUUCCGCCCCCUGCAGCCCCUCAUGAACCGCACUGUCCGCUCAUCCUUCCGUCAUGAUUACAUCCUCAACAUACAAGCAAAAUCCAAGCCAUCGACCAGCCAAGCUAGCCCCUAA